GACACGGGAUAGUGGGCAGGCGUGCCCCCUGGAUGGGAAAGCAGCUGGGGCUGUUGAGGUUAGGUGGCCGUGUGGUGUCCUAGUCCUGUCCCCAGUCCCUUAGGGGGCACAGAGGGGGUCUGAGGCUGCUGGGGGUCUCUGAGGGAAGAGUACCCGGGGUUGAGAGUGUGCCCACCUGCCUGGCACCUGCUUCCAGCAGACACUCAGCAGCUAUUUGCCUAAAGAGAUUACUGAAGGAAUUUUCCUUCACUCGGCAAGGAGGACAAAGGAUCUUGUUGAAACCCAACUAGUAAGCUUAUACCAGAGGUGAGUCACGGUGGUAGGAGAUUAAGGCAGGACGGGCCCUGAUGCUUUUCUUCUCCAACUUCUACUGUUUCCUUCUCCGUAAAAUAAGACAAAGAAACUCGGAAGCACAUAGUCAGGGUGCCGGUCCGAGCUCUGGUCACCACCCUGCUCAUCCAUCUGAGGACCCCCGGCACUGCCCCAGAACUGGUUCCGGGCUGCUCACCUUCGUUCCCCCAGCCUCCUCUGCCCUUCCCACGUGGCCACUGCCUCCUCAGCCCACGUCGCUGUCGCUGGAUCCUACUGGGUCCCAGUGUGCCCUUGGUUUCCUUGGGAAGCCCCUGCCUUUACCUGGCCUGGAGUUUGGCCCCUACCCUUUGCAGACCCUCAAAUUGUUUCAACCAAAUGCGGUGGCUGUGCAAACGAGGCCUGUCUCCUCCAAGUAGCCAUCUUGGAAAGAUGGAAGUGGCCACAUACUGGCCCACACGAACUCAGAGCCCUGCAUGUCUGUCUCUGCGUCUGGUCCCAUGGCUAGUGCUGACUGCUGGAGCUGGUCACUUCCCAGGUCACCAACGAGAUCAUGCCGGUGCUGUCCUACUCCUACCUGGUAGUGCUUGUGCCCAUCUUCCUGCUGACGGACUACCUGCGCUACAAGCCGGUGCUGCUCCUGCAGGGCCUGAGCUAUAUCGCCGUGUGGCUGCUGCUGCUGUUCGGCCGCUCCGUGCUGCACAUGCAGUUUAUGGAGUUCUUCUACAGCCUCACCAUGGCGAGCCGCAUAGCCUACUCCUCCUACAUCUUCUCGCUCGUGCGCCCCGCCCAGUAUCAGCGCAUGGCUGGCUACUCGAGGACCGCAGUGCUGUUGGGCGUCUUCACCAGCUCCGUGCUGGGCCAGCUGCUUGUCACCGUGGGCAGGGUCUCCUUCACUGAGCUCAACUACAUCUCACUGGCCUUCCUCACCUUCAGCCUGGUCCUCACGAUCUUCCUGAAGCGCCCCAAACGCAGCCUCUUUUUCAACCGCAUUGAGCCUGCACGUGGUGGGGCCUCACCGUCCGAGCUGGACCAGAUGCACCCUGGCCCUGGCCAGUCCACAGGCAAGAAGCUCAACCGGACUCUGCUGGUGGGCUGGGGGGACUGUAUCCUCGUGCGCAUGCUCCGGGAGCUCAGGGACAGCCUGCGGCUGCCGCAGCUGCGCCUCUGGUCCCUCUGGUGGAUCUUUAACUCAGCCGGCUACUACUUGAUUGUCUUCUACGUGCACAUUCUGUGGAACGUGAUCGACCCCACCAAAGACACUACCAGGGUCUACAACGGUGGGACGGACGCUGCCUCCACUCUGCUCGGUGCCAUCACCUCCUUUGCCGCGGGCUUUGUGAAGAUCCGCUGGGCCCUGUGGGCGAAGCUGAUCAUCGGAGCCGUGACAGCGGUGCAGGGCGGGCUGGUCUUCCUCAUGUACAGCACGAGCAGCAUCUGGCUGUGCUAUGCGGCCUUCGUGCUCUUCCGCGGCUUCUAUCAGUUCCUGGUGCCCAUCGCCAUUUUUCAGAUCGCGUCAUCUCUCUCUAAGGAACUCUGUGCUCUGAUCUUCGGCAUCAACACAUUCCUCGCCACUGUUCUCAAGACCAUCAUCAUCCUCAUCGUUUCUGACAAGCGGGGCCUGGGCCUUCUGGUCCGCUCACAGUUUCUCGUCUACUUUAUGUACUUCAUGGUGCUGUCCAUUGCCUACUUCUUGGGAGCUUUGCUGGGGAGCCUGUGGCACUUCCGACGGGGCCACCACCAGCCACUGCCCCUGGCCCAGGAGCUAAGGAGCCCCUUGGAGGAGAAAGCUACUCCGAUGCAGAGCCUGCAGGAUGGCGCCCUCAGCAACCUGCAGCCUGAAGCCACAACCCUGGCCCUGGAGGACAGCGUGUGGACCUCAGGGCCAGUCUCAAGGGAGCAGCCAGAGGCCAAGGCCUGACCUGUACUCAGCCCAGUGAGUGUCCAGAUUCCAACACCAGAGGCAACCUGCUCUGUGUCCUCCAACAUCCUCACUGAGCCUGGGGCCUUGAUGUCUCAGAACUGGCCUGUCCCUGGCAGGUUGCCGAUCCUCUUGGAAUCAGGAAGGUGGGUUUCUGGCAUUGUUUGAAUUCCAUUGUUCAGAUUAUAGAACCAGUGACCAACUGGGCCCCAAUGUGGUCUGCCCUUGUGACACACACCUCAAGGGCCACCUACCUCAGCCAGGGGCGCCUUGGCUUGUCCUGCAGUGUCCCCAAGCCCUGUGCCUCUCAGGCUUCACUUUCUGACUGUGCUUGGUAGCCUGCUGGGGACAUUCCAGCAAGUGCUGGGCCACUGUGGGUUGGGUUGUGUCCACUGCCUACACAUGGCUAGUGGUAGAGUUCCGUGUGCCCAUCAGGCCUCCCGGCCUUCACCCCCCCUUGGGAGGCGGAUCCCACUUGUUCCUGGGGACUGGUGAGAUGGCCCCAUGUGCCAGUGCAGGUGGCACCAGCCCCUGUAGGGUAGGGGUGGGAGCCCGGCUUCCUAGGGCCCAUGGCUACAAUGACAUUUCCAGUUAUCUAGGUGCUCACAU